UUCCACAUCUGACUAUAUGAUAGUUAAUCAUGGUAAAGUUCCCACUUGUACUUCCACAUCUGACUAAAUGAUAGCUUAUCAUGGUAAAGUUCCCACUUUUAUUGUAAUAAGCAGAGGCUAUCCAACUACACACCUGGGGCUCCUCACUUAAUCAGAGUUGAACUUCACUGCCCUGUGGGGUAAAUGUCACUCAUCAAACUGUUGUUUGAAGUCAUGGAGUAGUAUUUGGGAAACACUGACUGUAUGGCCUUUAUGCUGGCUACCACUGCACAGAGCAGAACAAGGACAAGGGAGCUCAUAAACAGAUGGUACACCACCAUCAUUUGGAACGUACCACCUGACUUGGAAGUUUCCUGGAUUGAACAAAACUAUUCGCCAUGGGCUUCUCCACUUCAAACUCACAUCUGCUGCCAGACCAGAAGGGGAAAAGUCAUACAAUUUAAAGUGGGCUGAAGAAGUUAUGAUCAGUGUGUCUUCUCGGUCAGAUUUUGCCAGUUUGGCUCCAGACACAUCAUCCCUGCUGAGCAGCAGAAGGCGAUCUCACUCUCUUCAAGAAGAAGAAGAGCCCAAGCAUGACUCCCAGCAGACUCGUCCUGUCACCAGGGUUGGCAGACCUCGCUCAAGAUCCUUCUACAGUUUUGAGACAUCUGAGGACAACAAAGAGGAAAAUAUUACCUGGUGCAAUGCUUUGAGUCCAAAGACAAGGUCUUUAUUACAAAACGAUGUGGGAAAAAAUGCGGAUAGUACAACCAAACCUGCCCGUAAAAGGUCAAAGGCCAACCCAAACAAAGAUCUAAAUGGGAGCAGAGGCAAUUUGAAGAGUGUGCCAAUGAUGACCAUCACAGAGCCAGACAACUGGGAGAUUAGUGCAGGUUCAGGUAUGAAGUACGGUCAGUAUGUGGAAUGGGAGAAAAUUGAUCCCGAAGCUGCUGUACGUUAUGGGCAGAUGCUCGCCAGCAGCCAUCACGAGCUCAAGUCCAUGGGUCGCACUGGCUUCUGGGCUCUGCCCCACACCCUGAGGGCUAAAGCUUACUACCACAUCAUUAGCAGCAUUGCUAGUGAGAGCACUAACCAAGACUUAGACGUCUACCAUCGUUUAACCGAGCAGCUGUUUGAGGACCAAGGAAUCAGCACACACCCGUAUCCAGUGUUCAUGGAGGACGGUGAAAUCCCCAGGUAUUGCCUCAACAAGGCUGGCUUGAACUCGGUCAAAAAGAUUCUGGUGUGCAUCAGCAAGCACUGUCCUGAGGUGACGUUCUGCCCCAUCCUCCCGGCGCUGGUCUCCCUCCUGCUCCACUUCAGCGAGGACGAGGCUCAGUGUUUCCACAGCAUCUGCUGCCUGGUGAACUACACCUGCCCCACCAAGCGCUACAUCGACCAGACCUUCCACACGUCCAGGGCCUCCUGCAUGACCUUCGGCGACCUGGCCAACAGGUACUGCCGCGGAAUCCGCAAGCUCAUCGCCAGCUCCCACCAAAACCUCUUUGAGUUCUACUCGGACUGGAUCAUGUGGAUCUUUGCCGACCUGCCCUUCACGUACGCCAUCCGGGUGCUGGACGUGUACCUGCUGGAGGGGUACAAGGUGCUGUACCGGGUGGCGCUGGCUCUGCUGAGCCUGUACAAGGUGUCUGUGGCCUCGCGAGUGGCCCAUGUGGAUGAUUUUCGGAGGGACAUGAAAAGCUUUGUGCAGAACGUGGCCAGACAUAUUACUAUUGAGAACCUGCUGAAGAAGGCGUUUGGAAUUCUGCUCCCUCCCCGUAACAAGCUCCACUACCUCUUCCAUGCAAACAAGGAUGCUCUGAUCCAUAGAGGCAUCCAUCAGAGGCAUUGCUAUCAGUGCCUGGACCUGGGGAAGUUCACCUCCAGUGUGGUGACAGAGACGGAGAUGAGGGUCGUCUGGGCUUGGAUACCUGAACGUUUCGCCCUCUUCAAUCCCACCAGGCUGUUCAGCAUUAAGGAGCAUGGCAGGAGCCUGUCCACGUUGUAUUCCCAGGUUGAGGACCACAAGCCAACUGUUUUACUUCUCAGAACUGCAGAUGAGGAGGUCUGUGGUGCAUUCUUAGCAGCUCAAUGGGUAGGACAGAAAAACCAUAGUGGGGAGGAACUCUCAUUCUAUGGAACUGGAGAAUGCUUCGUUUUCACACUGAGACCAGGCAUGGAACGCUACCAGCGUGAUCUGACCCUUAUCUCAGGGACACUGAACAACGCUGAGUCCCCCAAGAAGCAACAAGAUGCCCCAUCUGCAACAUGUCCUUUGGGGUACCUGCAAAAUCACCAGAGUAUAAGAAGACACCCUGGUGGAUGCAAGUUCAAUUCAAUGAUCUUGGCAGGGGAUGAAAAGAAGUUCAUCAUUGGUGGCAAUGGGGGAUCAGCACUCUGUCUGCAAGCUGACCUAACAGAGGCCUACACGGAGCGUUGUGACACGUUCGAGAGUCCUCCACUCUGCAGGGGCCAUUUCAAGAUCCAGUCCCUUGAGGUGUGGGGUAUCCAGAGCCCCUAGUCCCUGUCCGUCGUGUCCCUCAGGACAUACAGAGGGAGCAAGAGGAAGAGGAAGAGGAAGAGGGUGGAGGAUGUUUUUUUUUUUUUAAUGAAUUAUAAUAGUGAACAAUAGCAUCUUUACGUUCAUUGUUAUUUCAGUGCUAAACAACCUUGAAUACAUAUCCACACUCAUUAGCCCUGGCAUUUUAAAUACUUUAAUAAUGUGUUAUUUUCCUUCUAUAGGCUAUAUCCAUUAUUUUCCCAGAUAGUUCUGGAAAUGUCUGAGAUCAUCUCAACCAUGUCAUGCUGUAUCUGAUUUAUCAGCAUGUUAUCGAAAUGAACACGGUAGUCUAUAAGUAUUCCAUUGUGAUUCUAAAUUGAGUCAGGCCGCAGUUACCAUAAUCAUGCAUAUGUAAUACACCAAGUUGUUUUCUAUUUGUAAGUUGUGUGUUUCUAUGAUGUAAUUUCUCUACAUAAAAUAUACAUUUUUCACGUUUUA